UGCUUAUAUAGAUCUUAGACAUUAGUUUCCAUUAUUAUUUAUACCGAAGAAGAAUAAAAAAGGUAGGAGAUUAGGGAAAAUAAAUCAACCCAGAAGCUUGCUUUUCAUAAGCAUCCAAUAAAUAAAAAAAUGUACAGUGGGAUCAAGUCAUUAUGUGGGCCAUUCCGAUGUGACCUCCCGCGAAUAUCUCCUUUCAUUAUGAGCCGUCCGAUCACUACCGCCAUCUCUCUCCCUAUUCCCCAAUAACGUGUUCUUUGCUUUCUCACACUGUUCGUUCCGACACAGUUCCGAGUUACAGAAAAACCAAACAGUGAUCUUCUUCCACUUCCCCCAAAUUUACCCAAAUCCCACAACACCCUCUUUUCUUUCUUCCCUUUCCUUUCUACAAAGUUACCAACUUUACUUUGGUAUGCUUUUCUGAUUUUCUCCUUCUGUUCGUGAUUCUCUGUAUAUACUUUCACACUCUGGAGUUAAAAGAGGAGUUUGGGGAAUUGAAGAGAGCAAAAAGGCAUUUUGGGAUACUACAAAUCAACUUUCUUCUUUCUUUUCCUCUGCUUUACCUCAGUGUAAAGCUCUGAUUUUUUAGUUUUUACACCCAGCUUUUUGAUCUUGUGGGUUAUGCUGUUGAUGAGUGGUUUUUUUGUUUUUCCACACCGACCACCUGUUAUGGGCCACCGACUUGGGUCUUGGAUUUUUUUUUCUUGCUCUGCAUGUUCAUAGCUGAACCGGGUAAGUUUCCAAUUUGUGUUAUUCUCUUUGUGUUUUCUGCAAAUUGGCUGGGUUGGUGUGUGUAAUCAAUUUUCUCUUUUCUUCAUUGAGAUGGGAGGGAUCACUAGUAAAGUGUGAUUAUGAUUUGCAUUUCUGGUUGUGGUGAAGCUCUUCUGGAUGAAUCUCUUUCUCAGGUUUCACAUUUUCAUUUUUGAUUGGUUUAUGUCAAAGAUCCCUUCACUAAUUUGUGUUUUCGGGCUUCGAUUUGAGGAAAAGUUCAUCAGAAAAUGGGUGUCUUUUGUUUUUUUAAGCUGUUGCCUGUUAUUGAAUUUUUGAGCUUGAUCUUUGGGGGAAACGGUGGAUUCAAGGAGAGAACUUUUUGUUAUGUCAAUGUAUUCUUCCACGAAACUAACUCAUGGGCUAAUUAUUGUACUGUUGAGGAAUUGUUUGGUAGUCUUUCCACCUGGAAUCAUUUCAUAUGAAAGAAGUUAGAUGUCAAUUUCAGUUUCUCUUUUUGGUUGAAAUGUGAUGCCGCUGAAUAGCUGUUCUUACUUGUCGUUUGCAAGGAGUUUUUGAGGUUGAUGAAGACAGCCUUACCUUAUCUUUAACAACCAACAGUCUCUCUUUUGGUUCUCAAGGACCACCUUUCAACCUGCUUUCAGAAAUGGUCUAAUUUGGCUCACUUUUGGCUGUUUUUUGCCCAGUUGGUUGAUUUAAGUUGAACCUGCGAACUAUUCUUCUUUCUUUUCUAAUUCUUUAAUUGCAUAAACUGAAAAGGAUUGGUCCUGUAGUUGCCCCAUUUUCCCUUUUACCACUCUAUGCUUGUGUGUAAAUUGCAAAGUAUUAAUACCAUAACUGCCCCCAUUUUAUCUUUAGUUGCCAUUUAAUUUACUUUCAGUUGGGACCAUAACGAUUUGUGGAUGAACUUGAAUGUUUAGUUCUAUUGGCUACAAUUGAAAGUUGCAUGAAUUUUAUGAAUAAUAAUAGGAAAGUUUCAUGUAUAUUACUUGAAGAUUUGCAUUGGCCAUUGUUAUGUAACUUUUACCUCACGGAGGUUUACUUCUGGGCUUUUGGUUUCAAAGUGAAGUUGAACCUCUGGUGAAAUUCAGUUCUUCUUCUAUUAGAAUUCUUCUAUGUGGCAUCUUUGCCCAUGAUACAUUGGAUGCAAAUUUAUUUUAUCGUAGAUUAUUAGCCUGUAGGGGCAAGAUUUGUGCAGUGUAAACAAAAUUGAUCCACUGAGGCCUUUAGUUUGUGACACUGUGUAUAAAACCUUCUUUGUGUACUAUUUUCAGUUCCCUUGCUAUUUGGUGUCUUUGACAACUCUGAGGUGACUUAACUUAUCUUUCAAAGUGCUAGAUGCAGUGCACUUUCUUCAACAUUGGCAUCUUAGAUAACCAAAUUGCUUUCCUCUUUUCUCUUUUAGGUACCCAUCCAGAUGAAAUGGAUAAGCUGGCCAAGUAAAAUCUUCAGAAGCCAGUUCGUGAACUGUGAGAUAAAAAUUUUAUAGUUAGACCUGUUAUUUGCGUGAUCAAAAGGAUGGAAUGCCAACUGGAGCUUAAGCGGAACCUGAGCUCUCAAGAAGCCUCAGUAAUAAUCUCCAGGCAAAUAUCAGUUCGUCCAUAUCGAUGUACAAAACUGGGUGACAAAUUUAAACUAGAGAGGAAUGAUUCUCCUUCCACAGGUUCUCAUCAUAAAGUAGUAAAAGGUACGGAAAAUAUUCCCAAAAAAUCAAAAGCUCUGCACCAAAGGCAACCAACGAGCAAGGAAGAUGAACUUAUCAGAUACAUGUCAAACUUGCCAACUUAUCUGGAGAGAGGAGAGAAAGUUGAGGAGAAAGCUUUCAAUGUUGGAGUUCUUGAGUGGGGUCGCCUAGAGAAGUGGCAGGAUAACCACAGGCAUAUUCCCCAUCGAAGUGCCAAGACUUCACCUUCCAACAGCAAUGCCUCAUCAUCUUCCUCAACAGAAGGAUCCUCAUCUAGUUCUGGCAGAGGUCAUAGCACCUCUCCUGCCAGGCAGAGGAUGCACUACUUUGGUUCGCAACCUAAUACUAGUUCAUCUCCAAGCAAAACUUUUUCCCGGAGCAUCAGAUCGUUUGAAGUAAGUGGCAGAAAGUUUCAGGACCUUGCUGCUAGCUCGAGUAAUUAUGUGAGAGUUUCACAAAGUAUCCUCAGCACCCAUAAGUGUUUUCACAAGUACACUAAUAACCAGUCUAAGGAGUCAACCAAUGGUCAAGAUCCAAUGUGCAUUUCCAAGAAGAGGGAUUCACAGACACAAAAUUCCCCUAUCACAUCAGGCUCUGAAGAAAAAAUGAAGCUUCGGGAUUGUGAAUCUCUUGAGGUUAAAGGAAAGCUGUUGAGUCCUAAUCAUGCUUCUGCUCAAAGCGAUGACAGUGACAAGCCAGAACUACUUAAGCAGGAAGAUGGACUUGAAUCUUGGUCUCCUGUGACAUCCGAAGCAUCUGUGGCUGUUGGGCAUCGGCAGGGAACAAUAGAAGCGAAUCCACAGAGGUUCUCUGACAUAUCGCAAUAUAGUGCCUGCAAGAUGUCUUCUGAUAUACCUUUAUCUUGUCCUUUUCCUCGUGAAGCUAAUAACUUCAUGAUUGAAAAGCCUCGUUCCACCCCUACAAAGAUUAUCAAGUCACCUGAUCCUCCACGAUAUUCUGGAAAAUUCUCAGCUAGCUCCAGCCGAGAUAGCAGUCUGGAAGAAAAGAAAUCCAUCCAAACGUUUUCUAGGUCGACUGAAGCUCUGAACCUGAAACUUUAUCCUGAGGAAGAUAGUAAAGUAAGACAUCCUUCCCCAAUCCGCCGACUGGUGGCUAAGAUAGGCAGGAAUGCCAACACCAAAGACACCUCAUCACUACCACUGAGCAGUCCUGAUGCUGAUAAGUUUAGAUCCAGGGGUGCUGAAACUGAUGCUUCUUCAGGUGACUCAUCUUGUGAGAAGUCAAAUGUCUCUGGAAAGGGAAGAUCAAGCCCUUUAAGAAGACUGCUAGAUCCUCUACUUAAGCCAAGAGCUAGCAGUGUUGACAACUCUAAUAGCUCGCCCCAGAGAGAUGCAGCAUCAGUCAGUAUAGCAUGCCAAUUAUCCAAGGGGCUGGAAGAGCCCGUGACACGACAAUCCGUGAAAGUGAAGUUAGAUCUUGGGAGUUGUAAAACUAUCAAUGUUGACCAUCCACAAGAUAUUGGGAGAUGUGGACCACAGAUGGUGCAAGCUCUUUUUCAAGUGGCAGUUAAGAACGGGCUCCCUCUAUUUACAUUUGCUGUUGACAACAGUAGUGACAUUCUGGCAGCCACGAUGAGGAAGCUAGGUUCUGCUAAAAAGGAUGGCAACAGAUGGAUGUACACAUUCUUCACUGUACAUGAAAUGAAGAAGAAAAAUGGUGGUUGGUUACAUCAGGGAACCAAAGAUAGAAGUCUCGGAUACAUACCUAAUGUUGUUGCCCAAAUGAAGGUUUCUGAUGUUGCGUCAACAGAUCUGAGCAGGCCAAACUCCCUGGAUCAAUGUACUACGAGGGAAUGUGUGCUGGUUGCGACAAAGAAUAGAGGGGAUGAACAAAUUUCUGAUCAGCAUGUGAAUGAUGAACUUGCUGCUAUUGUUCUUAAGCUACCAAAAGUGCCCGCAAAAGAUUUCAGUGAAGUGGAUCAGAAAUUUUGUAAAGUUGAUGAUCUCUCUAAAGGAGACCGAAAAUGCUCAUCUCAAGAAGUUUUUGAUGUGGCCAAUGGUAUGCAACUCAAAGAGGGUGGAUCUUCUGGUAAAAACCUGAACCGCUUUGGGCUUGCAGUUGUCCUUCCUGAUGGUGACCACGGAUUGCCGAAUGAAGGAGAACCUUCACCUCUACUGCAAAGAUGGAGAUCAGGGUCAUGUGACUGUGGGGGCUGGGAUUUGGGUUGCAAACUAAAGGUUCUGGCUGCUCAGUAUGGCCGGGCAUCAGUUCCCGUUGCAACCCAGUUCACCACAGGAAAAUUUCAGCUCUACUCUCAGAAUGGCGGACUGGACCGGAAACCUACUUUCAGCUUGUCUCCAUUCAAGGAUGGUAUCUAUUCAGUUGACUUCGACUCUUCACUCACACUUCUACAAGCAUUCUCCAUAUGCAUUGCAGUUCUAAAUGGUAUGCAGCCAGCUAAGUUUUCAGAAAUGGGUACUUUCUUUGAGAAGAAAUUUUCAGAAGUAGGCCUACUAUCAGAACCUGAGAGACCAAGAGCCAACCGAGGCAGAGAAGAGCAGUCUUACAGUGAGUAGCUCUUGUUGAUCCCCUGGAAGUUGGAAAAAUAUCAAUUUGGCUGUACAGUUAGUCAUCAUUUACCUAAUGGUUUAGAAGAUUAUUUAUAGUAGCAAAUAAAUCGGCUUGGUGAUCACUAAAUUGGAAAGUUCAACCAGAAGAAAACGCCAUUAGGAUAAGGAAGGGUUGAUGAUGCCAUAACAGUGAUACUUUGUUGUAUUGAGUCAUCGGGGAAAAAAAAGAAAAAAGCCCUCUAUGUUCAUCCAAUUGAAUUCAAGUGUGCAUAUCGCUAAUUGAUACUAUUUCUUCGUGCAGUUUAACUUUGAUUUGUGUUGUCUGAACUCUUGAAUAAGUACGCUAAGCACUAAUUUGUGGUCUCAAUAAGCACAUUUUUAGAAGCAAUAAGUGUAUAUGUAUAUAUACUUUCACUGCUUGAAAUGUGCUGUACUUUGAACAAACUUCAGAAUGUCAAGAAAAUGCUUGCUACGAGUUCAAGAACAUUUCUGGGUUUUUACUCUACUUAAGGACUGGAUGUAGCUAUGUAUAAGAUCCUAACUAAAUACUAUUUCUAUUCAUAAGCUUCACUCGUAUGAUAGUUUCACUUCUAG